AGGGAAGUAUGCCACAGCUAAGGGCACUUCGGCUGCCGCCGCUAUUGUAGCAGGUAUAGCUGGGAUGCUCUACAGCCUUGAACCUUCUCUGAAGGCUAAGCUGACCCCUACUUACAUCAAAAGUAUCAUCAAGGAUACGGCCACCCAAGGUGUCAAGGACAGUAAAGGGGAAAAGACCCUUCCCUUCGGCCGCGUGAAUGCUGCGGCAGCUGUCAAUAAGAUACUUGAAAGAAAGAAGGUUUAA